AUGCAUACUCGAGUCACCCUGUUGUUCUUGGCGCAGAGUCUGUGUCUGUGUCUGAAUCCAGUUUGGGCACGUUCGGUCUCUGUGUCCCUGAACAUGUCCCUGACGCGCAGCGUUUUGGAUGUACAGACUGUGACCAGGCAGCAAGCGAAGCUCAAUCAGGAACUGUUGCAGUCCUGCAUGCGGGAGACGGAGAUAUCCAUGUCGCAGUUGAAAUUCUUUCGGCUCAGCCUGCUCUUCAACGACAACAACAACUCAGACAAUGAGCUGGCCAUUGCUCCAGUCGAUGGGGAAGCUGAGCUGAAUGCCGUCAAUAAUGCGCCUGAAAUGGACUAUAGCAGUGGCUCCCCCUACCUGGAUAUGAAGCGGAACGAGCCGUUGCAGUGCUUUGUGCGCUGCUUAUAUGAGAGUCUGGGCAUUGUGCACUACGACAUGAUGCUGGAGGAGGCCUUCAAAAUGCAACUGGACAAUCUGAUGCAGCGCCUGAAGCCGGAGCUGAAGGAGUGCAAGAAUAUGAAGAGCAGGAAUCGCUGCGAGGCUGCCUACAAACUGCACUUGUGCUACAAUCAUCUCAAGAACCUGGACACGGAGCAGCGACUGCGCGAGAUGCUCGAACGUACCGAAACGAACAGUGAUCUGCCAGACGCCGAGGAGAACGAGACCGACAAUGACAAUGAGACUCAGAACGAGAAUUCGAACGACAAUGAGAACAUUGUGAGUGCAACGGACAAGGCCAAUGAGAUCAUUGAUGCCAUGCAGCGCAUUAGCGACGCAGCGGAGGCGGCCUAGAUCCUAUUCAUAUAUUUAUAAACUAUACCAUAUUU